AUGUUCGAUGAACGAACUGUGUGCACUUUCCAGUUGCUGUGUAUGCCGGAAAACCAUCCGACAGCCGAAAAGCUCCGGGAACUAACUUCGGAAGUUCAGCAAAAAAUCAUGAGCACAUUGGAGAGCCGGAAAAAGGAAGAGGAUGCUGUGCAGGAGGAUGAUUCAUCAUAUUUUUUACCAAUUGAAUCAAAUGUAGCUGCUCUAAUGACCAACGAUCGAUCGGAUGAAGUUUGA